CAGAUUAUUACUAGUAAAGUAUCACUCUUCUUCCUAGUAACUCAAGAGCUUUGAGUUUAUUAUUGACCGACAAUCCAUAUGACCCUCUCAAUGGCGGCCGACAUUCCGGAACCCAAGUUGUCUCCGCUGUUACACAACGGCGGCGGCGGCGGCAAUGGUAGCGUGGAUCACAUAGGCCGCCCAGUCGAUCCAACCAAGUCUGGCGGCUGGCGAUCUGCGUUUUUUAUCAUGGGAGUGGAAUUGGCAGAGAGGUUUGCGUUUUACGGGAUAAGUUCCAACCUCAUCACUUACUUAACAGGGCCGCUGGGCCAGUCCAAAGCGGCCGCGGCGGAGAACGUGAAUACUUGGUAUGGUGUGGCGUCGCUUUUGCCGUUGUUAGGAGCAUUCGUAGCCGAUUCGUAUCUGGGUCGUUAUUGGACCACUGUGAUCGCUUCUCUGCUCUACAUCCUGGGACUCAGCUUGUUGACUCUUUCUGCUAUCCUUCCUCCUCUCAGCUCUCCUGACUGUAAAAACAGUGCGAACAUCGCGACAUGCUCCCCAUCCCGGUUCCAAGUUAUGCUCUUCUUCUUCUCGUUGUAUAUAGUAGCAGUCGCCCAAGGCGGCCACAAGCCCUGUGUUCAGGCUUUCGGAGCUGACCAGUUCGACGGACAAGAUUCGAAAGAGACCAAAGCCAAGAGCUCGUUCUUCAAUUGGUGGUAUCUCGGUUUGGUUGGAGGGUCGGCAACAGCUGUAUUAUCCUUGAACUACAUUCAGGACAACCUUAACUGGGCUCUUGGGUUUGGAAUCCCCUGCAUUUCCAUGGCGAUUGCGCUGCUUGUAUUUUUAAUGGGAACUAGAACUUAUAGGUAUCCCAUCAAAGGCCAUGAUAAGAACCCGUUUUUUAGAAUCGGUAAGGUGUUUGCUAACGCAGCUUGGAAUUGGCGAGCUACUGAUUCAAUGAGACUUAGUGAAAUGGAAGCUCAAGGAGCCCUACGUCCCGAAAGUUCUCAGCAUCACAAGUUUCUUGACAAAGCCUUGCUUGCACCAGUUGGUUCAAAUGGAGAAGGGGGAGUGUGUAGGAUCAGUGACGUGGAGGACGCAAAAGCAGUUCUAAGUGUUCUUCCGAUAUGGAUAUCGUGCUUGGUGUACGCCAUGACAUUCGCGCAGCCCUUCACUUUCUUUACCGAGCAGGCAAUCACUAUGGACAGAACAAUUUGGCCAGGCUUUGAUAUACCUCCUGCUUCGCUUCAGUUGUUUAUAAGUUUUUCCCUCAUCUUCCUCAUUCCCAUCUACGACUGCUUUUUCGUUCCUUUCACAAGAGCUAUAACUGGAAAACCCUCCGGCAUAACAAUGCUUCAAAGAAUUGGAAUCGGAAUGUUUGUAUCUAUUGUUUCUAUGACUGUAGCUGCUAUAGUUGAGAUGAAAAGGCUCGAAACUGCUAGGGAAUCGGGGCUCGUAGAUAAGCCGGACGCAACUAUUCCGAUGAGCUUUUGGUGGUUGGUUCCUCAAUAUUUGUUAGUUGGAAUGGCCGAUGUGUUCACCACAAUUGGCUUGCAAGAGUUCUUCUAUGAUCAGGUGCCAAAUGAAUUGAAGAGUGCAGGUCUCUCCCUCUACCUCAGUGUAAUUGGAGUUGGGAAUUUACUCAGUAGCUUUCUCAUCUCCGUCCUAGAGAAAACUACGGGCGGAGAUGGCCAGGACAGUUGGUUCUCGGAUAACCUGAAUCGCGCGCAUCUUGAUUACCUCUAUUUUCUGUUUGCUGGACUUAGUACUGUGGCACUUGUAUCGUACUUGUACUUCGCAAAAUCGUACAUUUAUAGGUGAUGAUAUUUAAAUCGUCGUUGCGAUGAUGGUAGGCAAAAGAAAUUGUAUAAUGUGGGAGUUGUUUGGGGAAAUUUUACAUUUCAGUUAAGCUUAGAAAUUGUAUAAUGUGUAAUUUUUUUGAGCAAAUUUACAUUUCAGUUAAGUAGAGUAUUUGCUCUAUUAUGUGCAUAAGAA